AUGCCCAAAGCGGGAAAGAAAAGUAAGCGACAAGAUUUAACUUCAUUUAGUCUCAAGAAUAAUGCUCUUAGAAUUUUAAAUUUGUUACAAUCCCCAGCUACUCAUCAAAUCAUUAGUGCCUGUUCCGAAAAAAAGUUUCAAAAUCCUAACGUUCGAAUCAUUACAUGGAAUUUUAUCAUCGAGAGUGUAAUACAAGUUAUGAUAGCUGAACUUCAUUCAUACAGUAGUCGCGGAAGUGUAAAUGAGUCACGUUUAAAUAUCGAAUUUACUCCGUACCUUAAGAUUUUGCAAAUUAUUGCAUCACGCGGAUCUAAAGACAAAUUAUUCAAGUUCAUACAAAACUGUAAUCAAUCAAUCGGUCAAUCCAAAAGCAUAUUCGUUACAAAUCUCGGUUGGGUUUGUCAUUUAAUUCGAUGGUUACUCGUUAAUGUAUACACCAAUCAAUCUGAUUGGCAAGAAGUAGCCGUGAUUAUUGACCAGACGAUUCGCACUUUCCUAAACUUGGUAUUCAAUGAACAUCUAACCAGCUGUAUAUUUUCUACUAAUCUCGGAAUUAGCGACAGGACUAAAGAAACGGAUCCUUCUCAGCGUUAUGACGCUUUACAGUUUCAUUCCGGAGCAUGGACAAAGGAAUGGACAUGGGAUUCACUUUCUCUUGCUUCAUCUUUUACAACAAUUUUGAAUCCCUCAAGAUACAGUAAAUCUCUAGAUAUUGUUGGAGGAAACGCAGUGAAAUUUAUAGAGCAAAGCAAUGUUGAACAUCGGGCCCCGAGUGAUAUUGUCAAUGAAUUCUGUCAAGAACAAGUGGAGCGUGAUACUUCAGAAAAUCAGAGUGAAAGUAAAAGGGCCCGCUCUGAAGUUGGUUAUUCAGAUUCUGGGACAUUUGUCUCCAGAGGUUGCCUAUGGAAUACUCUGGUUAGCCUUACCAAUAACAAUACAAAAUUCAGUUGCUUAUGGUGGCUUGUUAUUGAUUGGAUUAUUCGACUUUUGUGGCAAAAUACUUUGGUCAUACGUUCUGAAGGCAAGAAAUAUGAGUUAUAUACUGAUAUUGAAGCUCUUCUCGAGAUAAUCUCAACUUCUGUAAAGAUUAAACGAAUGCCAUUAGCAAACGAAUGUUUGGUUACAAUGUUGCAUACACUUGUUGUUUUAUUGAAUUACGAAAUAUGUCAAGGGUUAAUUUCUCAUGUACUAUUGGAUAAUGCGUUGUCAUCUUAUAACGAAAUAUGGGAGUUUGCUAUUAGCUUAUUUGAACAAUGUUCUAUACAACGAAACCGUUUACAUGGUCGUAAACGUGAAGGUUCCAUGUCAGGUUAUCGGUUUUUGAAUCAUGAUCGAUUGAAUUCUACCAGAAACAAUCAUUUGAAAUGUGUGAAUGUAUCUAACAUUUGUUUGCGUAUAUUUACUUCGCUGAUGAAAUGUUUAGACUUAGACAGUAGUCAUUUGAACAGUUCACCAUGGCGUGUUCGGUUGAUUGUUUUAAGUAGUAAUUACUUAAAAUUACCGCAAAAUCUAAUUCCUUGUGAAUUCUUUGUCAAUGUACCAACUAUCCCUAAUGUUUUGCUAUUCAAUCCGGGCAUUCUUUUCCUGAUAUACAAUUAUACGAAAAUUUGGAAUGCUGAUGAUGAUGUUCCUGAAAACGACACAACAUUUAUGGAGGUGCCAACAGACAUGAGUAUUUUAUUAACUGGCAUUCUAUGGUCGUAUAAAAACUAUGUAAUGAAUGAAUAUACUCCUACUAUUCAUUCAUCUAAUCCAUGGUUUUAUACAGGAAGUAAUCACAAUCAACCAUUAUUCAGUAAUCAAGACCACAUAGAAGCAAUUGACUUUAUCAGAAAAACUAUAUCAGUUCACACUCGUCUAAAUGCAAAUUUACCUAUCACUGAUGAAAAUAUACCUAGUUUAGUUGUUCUCUUAACUACAGAGCUAUCAUUCAUUCAAUAUAAAUGUGGUUUGCUGAAAAAGAAUUGUGAAUAUGUUGAUGAAUUAUCAUCCUUUUAUUCAGUGAUUAUGAAGCGAGUUUUGAAGCAAACAUUAGAUAAUUUAAUAUCCAAUAAAUAUCAUUGGUGUGAUUCAGCUAAAACUGAUAAAUCCAACUUUUCUGUUCAACUCAAUGCUGAUGAUUUUAAUAAAGAAUUUAAAAAGUUCGAAAUGUUUGCUAAAUCUUUAGAAGUUUUAUUGGAAUUAUUAGCUUUUAGUACAGAUGAUUUAUUAUGGAUUUCAUCACCACAAUUGAAUCAGUUAGUACAUUUCUCAACUAGUUAUUCAACAAUUGAACAGUCGAUUUCUGAAAAUACAUUUCAACCAAUAGCUGUUUCUAGUCAAGUGAAGAAAACCAAUUUCGGAGAUGAAGAUUUUGAGGAUGCUGAUUCUUCUGUUACUGUUGAAGUAACAAAUAAUCAAGAUGAUUUAAAAGAAAUCUACUUACGUAGUAAUUUCUACCAAUCAGUAAAAUUUCAAAUUUUUAAUUCUUUGUUUUUAUUCAGUCUUCGACGUAAAAACAUAAACUUACUGAAACAAAUUUAUCAGUCAUUGCACGAUUCCAUUACGAAAAUUGCUUUAAAUGAUAAUGAGUCUAUUAAAUGGUUGUCUAAACUUACUAGAAACAUAUCUCGAUCUAUGUAUAAAACAUUUUCUGACAAAAAUUAUGAUUGUAAUUUAAGUAUUGAUUUUGCUGAAGUGAUUACUCACUUUAUUAGUUCAAUAGUAGAUACAGUUCGUGAAAUUCUGAAAUCCCUUCUAGCACGCUGCAGUCAAUAUUUGUGUAUUACUUUAAUUGUUAAAUUAAUUCGUUCACUUUGUAUGUUAUCAAAUAGUAUGGUUUAUAUAUAUAUGCUUCAAAAUCAAGCAAGCAUGGACCUUGAAGUAAUAGAACAUUGGAAAUUGAUCGGCCAACAUAUUGACCAGAUGAUUCGAACUGUUUGGUCUGUUGGAUCCAAAUUUUCUAGGAAGUCUUUACAAGGUUUCGAAGAUGCGACUGUAGACUGCCUUAACUUGUGGAUAAAUCUUUAUUCUGCAAACAUUAUUGAUAAACAGAAUAACCCAGAAUAUUGUCUAAUUCCAGCGAUUCAACAUAUCACACCUAGUGCAACUUUUCAACUAGCCGAAUUUCUCCAAAGCCUGAUUGUGAAAUCGUACAAUUUUUCCUGGUGUCGAACCAAUCAUUAUUCUAUUCUAACCUUUUGUCAAACUUUACUGGGAUUACUCUCAAAUACUAAGUUCAAUUUCAUAUCGCUAAGACCAAAAACUGAUACAACAUAUUCAUCUGUCAAUUUAAAUUUCACCGUUUAUAUAUAUUCAUUAAUAUCAAAACUCUUAACUAUCCUGUCUACAUAUACUGGUACUAUUAACGGAAAUCAAUUCUCUGCAUCAUUCUCAUCGAAUAAAAUUCCAUCCAUGCUAUAUCCUGAAUUAGAAUGUUUAACUGUAUGUUGUACUCAAAUAACCACAAUCUACAAUAAAAACGAAGCAAGUGGCUGCCAUCAGAUACACGAGCUGUUUCUUGAAAUUUUGGCUGAAAAUGAUGCAACUUAUUUUCAUCAACACAUUCGACCUAUUUUAUUACCAUUAGUACUUAAGCGUUGGUUGAAUAACUUCAAUGCUGAUGUAUUCAAUUUAGCGGAAUUCUUAUCAAUUUUCCCCUGGAAAUGUUGGGGAAUAAGUGAUUUCCAGGAGGCUCAAAAGGAACUUUGUCCAGUUCUCAGAAGAUUGGCUUUGACUGAUUUCUAUAAGCCUAUUGCUAAAUUAGAGGACAUAAAGAUGGCCGGUUCUCUUCUUACUGGUCACAUUCCUGAACUGGUGGGUGCCAUUCUUAUAUAUUCGGUCAUGCAAAAUAUGAAUGAUAACAGUAGACUUCCACAAUGGCAUAUAAUCACAGAAUUGUGUGGUGGGAUAGAGCUUACUCGUACAACUUUGCUAAAAACAACAAAUGUAUGUAAACUAAUUCAUUCUGUGUUGAAAUUACGAGUACUCUAUGAUAUGCCAAUAAAAUCUAUUGACUCAUCGCAAUCUCUUACAAAUCAUCAGUAUCUUGGAUCAUUUCUUAUAAAAUGUUUAGCUAAAUUAUACAUUAAUCUAAAUUAUGAUCAAUUUGAACCGACUGAUCGAGCUUCAGGUACAGAACAAUAUUAUUUAAAACAUGCAUAUGAUCUGAUGAGUUCUUGUCAUAUAAAUUCAGACUUAGUCAAUCGUCUUUAUCAAGUUGGUAUACAGUUUCUUUGUUCACAGUCUAAUAUUAAUGUAUCAUAUUGUUUAAUACCUUAUUGUUUGCGACUAACAUGUUGGUGUGCAGUCUCGAAUUUUACUAUAUCUUUACUAUUCAAUACUACAUUAUUUGAUUCUGAUGCUAAUAACAAUACUGAAUUGAGACAAGUGCAAGAGUUUUCAGUUUGGCUUUUUGUAAACGGACAUAUCAGUUUGCUAGUUAGUGAAUUAACUCGUAUUGAACAUCUUGAAGAACUUCUUGAUUCGUUUCAUUAUCUAUUUAUUAAAAUUCGUUCAUUCUCUUUGUUUCAAGAAAAUUCAAAGUUACUUAUCAGUCUACAUCAUUCAACUGUGUAUACACUUAAUAAUUUGGCUGAAAAUCUCUUACAGUCAAACAACCAAUGUCAGUCUGUCUAUCCUGAUGAAUUAAAACGAUCACUUUUAAAAAAGAUCUCAACCAUUUUAAGCUUACUUCUUGGAGAAAAUCAUCCUUCCAUUUUCAAUGAAGCAAUAUGUCAGUUAUGCGAUUUACCUCUUAUGAAAAUAUGUAACUACAACGAUUCAUCAUCAUCUGAUGCAUCUUGUAUUUCAGUUUUUGAAGAAUAUCAAAAAUCUCUUAGCUGCCUAUCAACACUUGAUGGGGUAAAUAUUCAACAGCUUUUACAAUUAAUUUCAAAUGAUAUUAAAUUAUUUCAGAUUGUGUACUCUCCUCAAUUAUUUUAUCCAAUUAAAAUGCUUGAAAAGAUAUCUUUUAAUGCGUCUCUUAUGUGUAAAGAGAAUAAAUCAACAAGUGGAUCUGAUGUGUUAAUUCGACAGAUAAAAUCUGUACUAAUGAAACAGUCUACAGAAAAUAAGCAGAGACAUGCUGGUUUAUUGGGCACAAAUAGUAAUAAUGUAGAUGAUGACAAUAUGACAGAAAUAGAUUUUUCAAAUAUAGCUAGUUUAAACAUUAUCUUGGAAAGCAUUCUCAAUCCUUCAACACCUGAUAAAUGGUUCCAGGAAUCGUUGAUUCCUUUGGAUUCUAAGAUCAAAGGAUCUGCUCUACAUUGUUUCAGCAUCUUAAAACAAAUAUCACAUUCAAUAAAUCUUUCAAAUUUCAAUCUUAUGGAUCCUGCAAGUAGAGAUCUUAACUAUGGAGUUUCUGAUAGUGAUGUCAUUUUGGAUCCUACAUUCUAUAUGAAACAACAAACUUUAUCAACUAUUAUUUGUGCGGUUUGUAUUCCGAAUUCAUUAACUACUUUGAAUGCAUCAGAAGUCUUAUACAGAUUGUUUAAUCAGUGUUCUUCUCUGGUCAUCUCGUUGCUAACACACCCCGGUGAAAAUCAGUUACCAACAUUUCUGCAUACUAUUCUGUCUCCUUACAUCCAAGGCGGAGAUAUUUCUAGUCAAUCGAUAGCAAAUCAAACUAAAAAUUCCCUGUUACUUAUUCAAAAGAUGGAUUCUAAAGAAAAGGCCCAAAUUCUGAAAAGUUUACCAACGUUAACCAAUAAACUUCGACUGUUUUUGGAAAAUAGUUUGACAAUGUGUUAUAACGCUACAACUUUCCGAUCAUGGUUGAUGGAUUUUGUCAUAUGGUUUCUAGAAUCAGGUUUAAUUCAAGACGAUUUUCUUUCGUGCAUUAAACCAUUUUUACAUUUUUCUUUUGCAUUAACUGAAAAACUUUGUUCAUGGCUGAUUGCUUAUUAUCUUAUCAGAAUCGGUUCAAACAAUACAACCGAUAAAAACUUUCAACUGUUCAAUUCUACUCUAUGCGAAGGUAUCACAACUUGUUUAUCACAAGAUUCUAAUAAUUCCUAUGCUGAACUUCAUCGAUUUCAGAAAAUUUUGCUCGAAACUCUUGUUGCUUUUAAUUAUUUCAUCCAGUGGUUCAAACGAUCAGGAGAAAAUAUAACUUUAAAUCCUUCAAUAUCUAUUGACUGGUUAUGUGCUGCCGAUCGGGCUACUACUCUUAAAAGACCUCAAGAAGCUCAUUUAUUUCUGGAAUUAGCCUGGCUAUCAGAUAAUUGUCCCAAUGAUUGGAUAACAAUUAAUGAAACAGUUCAUCGUACAUGGGUUAAUCUUUGUUGUUUAUCUGGAGAUUUAAUGGGUUUAAUUGCAUCUCAAACAAGUUUUCUAACCUUGAAUAAUCCUGAAAAAUCUAUACAUUUUGAUGUGCAUCCUCUUUUAGAUAAGACAAAAUUAGCAGUACAUGAAUUAUUGGGUAAUUGGUCUUAUUUACUCAGUUGUUAUGAUAAGUAUGAUUUAAGUCAACAACUGGAUUCUUCAUCAAUUAGUGUACAUUCGAAAUUAGCUGUAUGCUUACAACGUUUAGGUGCUAAUCGAUUAUUUGAAAAAUUCAGUUAUCAUGAGUCGAUAGAUUCAACAGUCAACAAACAGUCAGAUAUAACAUUAAAAGAAUUGCGAGCAGCUGCUGCAUGGCGCCUAAGCCGUUGGGAUGAUCAGUUGAAUGAUUUACCUAAUUUAGAUCAGUCAUAUUCCAAUUCGAUUUGUCCACCUACAAAUUGGAAAAAUUGUGGUAUGGAAACUUCUUUUUAUUGGCUUUUACGAGCUGCUUCACAAUCGAAUUGGUCUAGAGUAUCAGAAAUAGCUACUGCUCAAAGUGAAAUUUUUAUUCAAGAAUUAUACUCUGAUGCAGUGCAAUUUAUCUCUUCGGAUCAACUUAUUUUACAUGGACAAAAAAUUAAUUUUAUGAAUAGUUUAAAAGAAUUAAGUGAUCAUUUAACACAUCCAUUGAAUCAUGAAUGCUGGUUAAAAUCAACAGUAAAUUUAUUAUGUUAUUCAUUGAAUUCUAUCAAUUUCUCAUCGAUACAUCAUACACACUAUGAUGAUAAUCAAUCAAUAUUACAUUCUAUUGAACCAUUUCUUACAUUAUCCACUAGUUUUAUUCAUAUAUUAUUAUCAAAAAAUAUUUUUACUAAUCAUCAAAUUACAAAUCAAUUGAAAAGUUUGUUAAUUCAUACCUAUUUUUAUUACGCUGAAAUUGCAACAUUGAAUUCAUCGAAUUUUCAACUUGUACAAAAUUGGUUAGAUGAUGCUGUUCAUUGUCAAAAUUUACUUAUCACUACUAAUUCAUCAAAUGAAUCUUCUUUCACCGGUAGUUUAGAUUAUGCAUGGCAAAAUUUAAAAUUUGUAAAAUUAAAAUCAUACAUAGAAAGAGAACAAAAUAAUUUAGACUUAUCUAUUAGUCGACUACAAUCUGGUUUAAAUAUUGGUCGUGAAGUGAUAGAACGGGCAGACAAGUCAUCUGAAUACUUAGAUGGUUAUGUAAACUGUUAUAUUCAUGGUAUGACUGUUUUAUGUAAUUGGUUAUAUGAAUCUCGAACGAAAAGUGCCGCUGAUCUCUUACUCAACUAUAUUAACCCUGCUAUUAGUUUGGCUCAACGUUUAAAAUUGGAUGCUGAUGCGAAUGCUUUUAUGAGUUUGGCUAGAUUUUCCGAUGCUCAGUUUACUACUUUAAAUUCAUAUUUAACAUCAUCUGAAUUCGCAACUAGACAAAACUUUCUUACACAAGCUCAAAAGGAUGUUGUUGUCUUAUCAGACUUAGGUGAAAAAAGUCGUUUAUUACGAUUACUUCAACGUCAAUCAGCGUUGGAAACUGAUGAACUAAGUGCAUUAACAACCGAUGCAAAUCAUUUUUUAGAAACUGCAAUCGAUGCAUAUGCUCAGUGUUUAGCUCUAUCAGACGAUCAUAAUUUAACGAUUUUUCGCUUCGUUUCUUUGUGGUUGUCUUCGAUCGAUUCGAAGUUUCAAAACAGAGCUUCAAAAAUUAACAAGAUAAUGUCUGAACGACUGCCAAAUAUUCGCGCUGAUAAAUUCCUUCCUCUUGUUCCACAAUUAGCUGUACGAUUAUCAAGCAAAUGUGACACUGAUUCAUCUUUUCAAAAUAUUUUAAUGAAAUUAAUAGAACGAAUAGUUGAUUGGCAUCCUCAUCAUUCCGCGUUUACUCUACUAUUUCUUGUCAAUGCUAAGUUAGAUGAUGAUGAUGAUAAUAACAGUGAUCGUCUUCCUCAUCGUCAGUCAGUUCAAAGUUCCGGUCGCCAACGUUCAAUUCGUGUGAAUUCACUCAAAGCAUCAAGUGAAGCAAAUCCUAAUAAGUCAUGCACAGAGCUAAGUUGCCGUAUACAAGCUGCUCAACAACUAUAUCACCGAUUAUCUAUUGGUCGACAUAAAGAACUAUUAUAUCAACUGCAGUAUUUAGCCGAAGCUUAUGUUAAUUUUGCGAAUACAGAUGUUGAUAAAUAUAAAACUAAUACAGGUAAUAUCCCUCUUCCGAAAGAAUGUAAAUUGUAUGGCUUGAUAUCACCAAGUUUACAACGUACUUCAUGUCAUACAAUGGAUUGCCUACUAGAACUUGUUGCCCUGCCAACAUGCACUUUUCCUAUUGAUCGUUCAGGGAAAUAUCCGAAUUCUAGUUUAAUUCGUGUGGCAGGAUUCUCUCCAGACUUUCGUCUCGUUGGUGGAAUUAAUUUACCAAAGGUUAUCAGUUGUUUAGGUACUGAUGGAAAAUUAUAUCGACAGUUGGUAAAAGGUAAAGAUGAUCCAAGGCAAGACGCAGUUAUGCAACAGGUUUUCACUGCUGCUAACUGCCUUUUAGCGAAAUAUCGAAAAUUUAAUAAAACUGAUUUACCACACUCUUCAACCUCUCAAGUUAAUUUACUUAAAUAUCGUGCUAACUGGUUGGACAUGGAUAAUGGACUUCGCAUACGCACAUAUAAGGUUAUACCAAUGGCUCAGCGUAGUGGUGUUAUAGAAUGGUGUGAAGGUACUGUACCACUGGGCGAUUGGUUAGCCAAUGAGCGUACUGGUGCUCACCAGCGUUAUAGACCUCGUGAUAUGCCUCCAGUUCAGGCUAAACAACGUUUAGCAGUUGCCAAAGAUAAAACUCCUGAUCGUAAAUUAGUAGUAUUCAGUGAAAUAUGUGAAAAAUUAAAACCAGUGCUUGCUUACUUCUUUUUGGAACAAUUUCCUAAUCCGGAAAAUUGGUUCAUCGCACGAAUGGCCUAUAUUAGAUCUAUUGCUGUGAAUAGUAUCGUUGGCUAUCUUGUCGGAUUAGGCGAUAGACAUCCACAAAACAUAUUAUUACAUAAAUCCACCGGUGAACUUGUUCAUAUUGAUCUUGGUGUAGCUUUUGAUCAAGGUCGACUUUUACCAACUCCAGAAAUGGUUCCUUUCCGAUUAACUCGUGAUCUUGUUCACGCCUUAGGUCCAUUAGGUUUACAGACAAGAUUCAUUCCAGCUGCUGAAGCAGUAUUACGAGAGCUUCGAAAUGGAUCUGAUGUUAUUAUAACUUUAUUGCAGGUUCUUCUUUAUGAUCCAUUGUAUUCUUGGUCAUUAUCUCCAGCUCAGCUGUGUGCUUUAGAGGCUAAACGAGCUGAAACUAAUACAAUGUUAGACAAAUCGAAAUUAUCUAGUGGUCACUUUUUAGAUGAUCAAUAUAGAAAUACUGAUAAAUCUAUGAAUAAAGAAAAUCUCCGAGUAAAUGCACCACAACUAAAUGAAAAUAGUUUUAUCUUUCCUAGCAAUCAACAGUUACAUGAUACUGGUAUGAUUAGUAAAAAAGAACCAGUCAAUCAACUUGCUGAACGUGUUCUACUUGGCGUAAAAAGUAAACUUCAAGGUCUUGUCACUGGUAAUUUAGUUGUCAAUUCAAAUGAAACUUCAAAUAACUGCAGUGGUGGACUUGAUCAACUUGAUGUUUCUGGACAUGUUGGUUUGCUUGUCCGCGCAGCUACAGAUUAUUCAAAUUUGUCACGAAUGUAUUUUGGUUGGCAAGCUUACUUAUGA